CCCAGUUCGAACGAAUAUCGUCACUUUCGCUUUGUUUAACCCUAACUCUGAAAACCAAAGACACAAGUCGAAGUUGGAAGGAUCUGCAGAUAUGGCGGACGAAGCAACCAGAACUGCAUUUCUAGAGAUUCAAGCAAGCAUGAUUGAUCUCACCGGCAAGCUCAAGCAGGUGCAGACUCAGAUGCGCAACAAAGAGGGAGAUAGAAAACGUGCUUACUUAACCUUGGAGGAGCUACGCCCUUUGCCUCCACAUACCAACACCUACAAGUCUAUAGGAAGAACGUUUCUUCUAGAGCCCAAGACUGUACUAGAGGGUGAGCAAGAGCAGAAACUCAAGGAUAGUGAGGCUACAAUUGCUUCUCUUCAGACAUCAAGGGAAAACUUGGAGAAGAAGAUCGCAGAGGUGGAGAACAACUUGAGGGAGUUGUUGCAGCAAGAACCGGGCAUUACUCGUCAGAUUAUGUCCAUGUCUAUGUAACUUCUUUUGUAUUUUUAACCCCACAAACCUUGAACAAAUAUGUGUGUUGGUUCUUCUUUUUAUCAGAGUUUCUGUGUUUGAAUCGAUAAGAUGAUGAUUUGUUAAAAGGUUUUUGUUAACUCUUUGAUA